GUUGUCGUUUAUUCAAUAUGGAUAAUAAUCAAUCCGACGAAAAUAAUGAAAGUAAACAAGAAGACGAAGAAGAACCGGAACAGGCAAAUAGGCCAAUAAGACGUGAUGUAGUGAUUGUUGGGUCUGGGCCAGUAGGAUGUACAUAUGCUCGCAUCCUUGUCGAGGCUGGCUAUCAUGUCAUCAUGGUGGAGGCAGGCGCCAAAGAGUCGGAUCCGCCAGGCUCACACCUUAAAAAUGCCUUUCGUUAUCAGAGAGAUAUCAAUUCGUUCACUAGUAUUAUCAAGGGCCACCUACAAACUCUUUCAGUCCCCACCGGUGGCAAUAUUUAUCCUGACACAAUCGACCAAACAGUUGAACUUGAAAAUGGAACGAUGCACUUGAAUCAAAAUCCAGACCAGGAACCAAAAGUAAACCUUUCUGCCGCAGCUGCCACUUACUGUGUCGGUGGCAUGGGCACCCAUUGGACUUGCUCAGUACCGAGACUUCGCGGCAAGGAACGGUUUCCUCAUCUCAUUCCCGAUGAGGAAAUGGAUCAACUAUAUGAUGAAGCCGAACGAUACGUUUACCAUACGGCCGAUCCAUAUGAAGGUACUAUGCUUCAAUCAACUGUGCAGGAAGCACUCAUAAAGCACUACAACAAGUUAGGUUCUCUCCCAGCUGAUCCUAAGGCAUUGCCCCUUGCCGUCCGCUACAAGAAGCCCUACAAUUUUUGGACGGGGCCUUAUGAUAUACUUCUCGAAAAAAAUUAUAAAGAUAGAAAAUUUGAGCUGAAGGACCAGCACCUAGCGACACUACUUAGCCCAAGUGAUGAAAAUCCAGCUGUCAUUGAUGAACUCAUAGUUAAAGAUCUUCGUCGUAAUGAACGAAUCAGAAUAAAGGCCAAAGUUUACAUUAUUUGCGGUGGAGCAAUACUGACUCCACAACUACUUUACAACUCGAAGCAGCGUCAGGACACAUGGGAAAUCGAAAUGCCUGCAUUAGGAAAGUAUCUCUGCGAGCAGACUCUUGCCUUUUGCCAGAUUGCGUUGAAAAAAGAUAUCGUGGAUAAAAUGGUGCAGGACGAGAGAUGGUCUAAAGAGGUCAAAAGUCACACAAUGAAGUAUCCAGAUGAUCCAAUCAAAAUUCCCUUUAAUACACCGUUUCCUCAGUGCUGGAUCCCGUACGAUGACGAACGCCCUUGGCACUGCCAAGUACACCGAGAUGCCUUUUCUUAUGGUAGAACGUCACUAGCGGUUGAUAACCGUUUAGUUGUAGACUUUCGUUAUUUUGGUAGAUCUAAACCGGAUGAAAAAAACAGAGUUAUGUUCAGCGACAAAUACAAAGAUAUGUACGGCAUGCCACAACCAAAAUUUGAAGUCACUACUUCAAAAGAGGAUUCUGCUACCAAUCACGACAUGCUUAUUGAUAUGACCAAGGCAGCUCUUAGUUUGGGUGGUUUUUUACCUGAUAGCGGGCCUCAGUUCAUGGCACCGGGAACCGCAUUGCAUAUCACGGGAACGGUACGCAUGGGUACUAACACAGACGACUCUGUGGUAGACACAAACCUUUGUGUUCAUGGAUUUAGUAAUCUUUAUAUUGGUUCCAAUGGCGUUAUACCGACAGCGAUUGCGGCCAAUCCAACGCUAACAAGUAUUGCGCUGGCGAUCAAGUCAGCAAAUCACAUUAUCAAGAAAUUAAAAGAGAAUGGAGAUUAG